CUACUGUGCACCCAGAAACAUCAGGCAUUCAGGCGCGACAGGGCAACUACGUGGACUCGCGGACGCCGCGAGCGACGCGACCGCUCGGGAGAGCUCCAACGAGAACGCGAUGUGGCGAGCGAGGCGGUGGCCGUGGCCAAGCCCGCGGUCGAGGCCGCGAUGGCUCUCUACUGAAGCGGUGGCGGGUUCGGGCGAGCCGGCGUGGCGUCGGGUGGCGGCGCUGUGGGGGAACGGGGACUACGGUCGGCUGGGGCUGGGGGCGCUGGAGUCGCGGUGGAACCCCACGGCGUGCCCCUUCUUCCUCGCGCGCGCCGGCGACCCGCCCGCCUCCCUCGCGUGCGGCGGCGCCCACACCCUCUUCCUCACACAGAGUGGUCGUGUGUUCGCUACGGGGCUGAACGACUUCGGGCAGCUUGGGAUAGGCUCAUCUACGACCCAUAUCGUGGACCCUAUUGAGGUCACUGGAUUUGGCGAGAAAGUUGUACAAAUUUCAGCUGGCAACCAUCAUUCCUGUGCAGUAACAGCGGAUGGCGAGCUCUUUGUUUGGGGCAAAAAUUCGAGUGGCCAGCUUGGCCUUGGUAAAGGUGUGGGAAAAGUAGUGUCUACCCCGAGGAAGGUUGACUACUUGGCUGAUGUUAGAGUGAGAAUGGUUGCUUUGGGGUCAGAACAUUCAAUUGCUGUUACAGAGGGAGGUGAAGCUUUGAGUUGGGGAGCUGCUGGCGCUGGUAGACUUGGACAUGGCCACAAAUCUAGCAUCCUGGGAUUCGGUAUGGUCUCAAGUGAAUAUACACCAAGGUUGAUCAAAAACCUUGAUGGUGUCAAGAUUAAAAGGAUAGCUGCAGGAAUGCUGCACUCAGCUUGCAUUGAUGAAAAAGGUACUUUGUUCAUAUUUGGGCAGAAGACUGAGAAGGUAUUUGGAAGAUCAAAUGAUGCACCUAGACCAACUGUUGUUGAAGAGAUACAGUUUUCGGAAGAAGUUGCUUGUGGAGGUUAUCAUACUUGCGCUUUAACAGAUGGUGGCGAUUUGUAUUCUUGGGGUUCAAAUGAAAAUGGUUGCCUUGGCCUCGGGGUUACGGGCAUGGUUCGUUCCCCAGAAGUUUUAAGGAGUACAUUAUUUAAGCUUCCUGUAUCUAAGGUAUCCUGUGGUUGGAAGCACACAGCUGUAAUUUCAGGUGAAGAUAUUUACACAUGGGGUUGGGGAGGUGCCAAUGGUACAUUCUUUGAAGAGGGCCAGUCUUCUGGUGGGCAAUUGGGGCAUGGAAACGAUGUCGAUUAUUUUGAGCCUAUGAUGGUGGAACUUGGCAGGAAUGCAAGAGCUGUUCAUGUGUCAUGUGGCUUCAAUCAUACCGGUGCGAUAUUUGAGUACAAGGAGAAUUGACUGAUGUGCCAUCUUCAGGACCGCAAGUGCAACCAGGCAUGUUUGGUACCACUAAGUUAUACCUGCAUAUAAAGGGGAGAAAAGAAUAAGUUUUGCUCUUGGUUCUGCACUCGUCUUGUAUGUGAAAAGGAAUAUAAACAAGCCGAUUACACACCUCAAAUGAGUGUAUCUAGAAAAACUCGUUAAACAGAAUGGGAGACAAGCCAGAUGUCGUACAUACCGAAUUUUACAGGUUAGCCUAGCUGUAUAGUGUUCAUAUUAUUUUCUUCUUCUUGCCAGCUUGUAUCUAUCAUAUUUGACAAGCCUGUAAGAACUCUGGUGUUUGCGGUCGCAAAUACAGAAAUGCUGAUGUGCACGACCGGGUCGUGUAAAAUAAGAUGUUAACCAAAAUAAACCAUGUUUGUGUAGUUAUAAACUUGCACCUUA